AUGGCUGCUCGGGCAAAGUUGAAGUGGGACAGAUCCCGAGAUAAAGAGAGCGGGAAAAGCUACAAAGCCUCGGAGACUGGAGAGCUCCGCACUAGGACUAUAAGUACAACCAGAAAUAGAAAUAGAAAUAAUAAGAAUGAUCCUCGAAACCCUUGUACAGUAUUUAUUGGUAACGUUCCUCUAUCGACUAAAAAGAAGGACAUACUCAAGCUGGUCUCCCCAUUUGGUUCAGUCGAGUCGCUACGGUCCUGUGGUCCUAUUGAUGGCAUUCGUAUCAUUAAAGACACUAGGACUGGCAUCAACAAAGGGUUUGCUUAUGUUAAAUUGAAGGACAGCAGCUCUGUCUUAUUCGCUUGCAAGAAAAACGAAAGAAUUGAACUAGAGGGACGGAAACUAAGAGUCUUUUGCUGUUUCAGCGAUAAAUCAAAGUUCCAGACUAAAUUUGGAGGAGCCAAGUCUUGUCUAAUAAUCUUGCAAGAACAGGCAUUGUUAAUCAUGCAUGAUCAUUUUAAGGUUUCAUUUAAUGAGCAUGAUUGCAGGCAACUGGUGAAGGACUUAAGGAAACAACUGGUUGAAGUGAAAAGAGAAAAAGAACAAAUCACAGUAUGA